AGGGUUUAAGAUCUAAAUCUGAGUUCUCUAUGACUUGGGUCGGCAGUUUGACUCCGUCUGCACUCACCGCCAUUCGACCUUGCUGCGUCUGCUUUUCUGGUACUCUGUUUUCUCGAAGCCGCGUUAGGAUACUCCCAAGGCUCAACGGAAAUCAAAAUGGCGACCUUGACAGACAAGAAGAAACUAUGGGGUGGCCGGUUCACGGGAGAGACGGAUCCUCUUAUGCACGAGUUCAACCAGUCUUUGAAGUAUGAUAAGAGGAUGUACGCCGCCGAUGUCGCGGGGUCGAUCUCCUACGCACGCGCUCUGGCGAAGGGCGGAAUCCUAACUGAAGAUGAGAAGGACAAGAUUGUGGAUGGUCUGACUCAAGUGCGCGCGGAAUGGGAGCAUGGAGCAUUCAAGAUCCAACCCGGAGACGAGGACAUCCACACCGCGAAUGAGCGCAGGCUCACAGAGCUCAUCGGCCCCGUCGGAGGGAAGCUGCACACUGGUCGCUCCCGCAAUGACCAGGUCGCUACGGACAUGCGCCUUUGGCUGAUGAACGAGGUGGAAGAGAUGGUCAAGUCGGUGAAGGCGCUCCUGCGUGUCAUGGUCGAACGCGCGGCAAAGGAAACCCAGUACCUGAUGCCAGGUUACACCCACCUGCAGCGCGCUCAACCCGUCCGGUGGUCCCACUGGCUCCUAUCGCACGCGUUCCCCCUCCAAGCGGACCUGCAGCGGCUGCGGCAAAUGAUCCCUCGAAUUGCCGUCCUGCCCCUCGGGAGCGGUGCCCUCGCCGGCAACGGCUUCGCACUCGACCGCGAUUUCCUCGCGCAAGACCUCGGCUUCCAGUCCGUCGCGGAGAACAGCAUGUACGCGAUCAGCGACCGCGACUUCGUCGUCGAGUUCAUGAUGUGGGCGAGCCUGACCAUGACACACCUGAGCCGGCUCUCCGAAGACUUGAUCAUAUACUCGACGGCGGAGUUUGGCUUCGUCAAGCUGAGUGAUGCCUACAGCACCGGGUCGAGUAUGAUGCCUCAAAAGAAGAAUCCAGACUCCCUGGAGCUCAUCCGAGGCAAAACGGGCCGUAUCUUCGGCAACAUGUCUGGCUUCAUGAUGUCCCUGAAGGGUCUGCCAUCCACGUACAACAAGGACCUGCAGGAGGACAAGGAGCCUCUGUUCGACACAGUCGACACAGUAUCAGCCGCACUCAAAAUUGCAGAGGGUGUCGUCGCAACUCUUGAGGUAAACGCCUCCGCAAUGUCCGGAGCUCUGCAAGAGAGUUCCGACAUGCUCGCUACUGAUCUGGCGGACUACUUGGUCCGCAAGGGGAUCCCCUUCCGCGAGACGCACCACAUCUCGGGACGUGCCGUCGCGCUCGCAGAAUCUCGCAAGUGCUCUCUAUCCGAUCUUACGCUGCAGGACUUCAAGUCGCUCAGCGAGAAGUUCGACGAGGACGUGAAGAAUGUGUUUGACUUCGAAAACAGUGUGCAGGCGCGCUGCUCUAUCGGCGGGCCGCACAAGGCGAUGGUGGAGAGGCAGAUUGACGUGCUGCGCGCUGCGUUGGCCGACUGAAGCCUUCGUGGCAAAGGCGCAGCGAGUUGGAACGGUAGCUGUGACGGCACAGCUAGCCUGUCCGCACAAAAAUUGUAUCUGUACACCCGCAAUGCAGAAUAUUGUGAAGAUAGCUCGAA